CACGGAAAAAUCCAAGCCACCUUCCCAAAUUCCCAAGUUCCUCCAACCAAAAAGUAUCCAUAUUUAGUACUCACUACGCUCUCGCUCUCUCUCUCUCUCUCUCUCUCUCUCCUCUAAUCCGUUGUAUUUGUAUGGUGUAUGACCUUGAAAAGCAACCAGACGGCGGUUAAAGCUUAAACCCCAAACCAAACUCAACCUCAUUUAUAUAAAUUCAUUCAAAUAUUAAAAUUACAUGGAAUUAACCCAAUUUUACAAACUACUACUACUACAUCAUAAUAAUCGCACUUGUCAGAAUUCUUUGACAUUUUCCGUUUAAACAACUCGCCGGAAAAUGAUUCCGACUAAUCACAUCGCCGGAGAUGCCGACAUAAAUACUGUUGUUGUUGGGGUGAAGAUGGAUGCUCUUAGUAGAGAGCUUCUUACUUGGUCGCUUGUUAAAGUUGCUCAACCUGGUGAUGUUGUAAUUGCUCUUCAUGUUCUUGCCAAAGAUGAAAUUUUUGAUCAAGAUGGAAAAUCAUCGUUUCUCUCUCUGGUUAAGGCAUUUGAUUCUGUUCUUGGUGUAUAUGAAGGUUUUUGCAACUUGAAACAGGUUGAUCUUAAGAUGAAGAUUUGCCGUGGUUCGUCAGUCCGUAAAAUUAUAGUCCGUGAAGCAAAUUCGUAUGCUGCAAGUAAAGUUAUAGUCGGUACUACAGCUAAACACCAUACUAUCCGCUCUUCUACUUCAGUUGCCAAGUAUUGUGCCAAGAAGUUACCCAUGGACUGUUCGGUUCUUGCUGUUCGUAAUGGGAAAGUUGUCUUCCAAAGAGAAGCUACUGCAUCAGCUGCAGGAAAAGCAAAGAACUCGAAAGGGGCCCGUGAUAAUCAGCAGAAUGGUAUCUUGGAAGGACUACAACGAUCAUCCACUAUCUACUCAAUACUCAAUGAUGGUGAUUCUAAUAAUCUACCUAAAAAUGAAUGUAAUCAAGCUAAAAAUGAAGAUUUGGAGCGAACACCGUAUACUGAGACAGUAAAGAAUUGUUCUGUUUGUUCUCAUUCUAUGUCUUUAGAUAGUUCACUUCCUUGCACCAGCAUGACAGAAGAGCCAGGCAGUAUUGACGAAGAGGACAAUUCUAAGGCUUUAGUACCGUUCCAGAAGUUGGAAGCAGCAUCAAGUUCUAUAUCAUUACUGGUAAAAGAAUUGCCUGAGCUUAGACCGGGUUGGCCACUCCUUAGACGUACAUUGUUGUCUGCAAGAGAAGGUUGUACAUCAUCUUCUUCUCGUGAUAUCUCCGUAGUGCAAUGGACAACAUUAUUGCCGAGCAGACCUUAUUCGUCCACUGGCACUUCAUCUUCAGCCGAACACAACAGUAAGGAGAAAGAUGAUGAUUCCUGUGAUUUAGGUGUUCAGAAUAAUGCUAUGGUAUCAGUUAGCAGUGAGGUCUUGUCUCAUAAAAUCACUCUGGAUGAAGAAUCUAGAAGUGUACCUAAAGAAUUGGAAGGUCUGCAGGAGAAGUAUUCCUCAACAUGUAGGUUGUUCAAGUACACUGAACUCCAGUCAGCAACAUCGAACUUCAUGCCUGAAAAUCUGAUUGGAAAAGGAGGCAGUAGUCGAGUUUAUCGAGGUUAUCUUCCUGAUGGCAAAGAAUUGGCAGUAAAAAACUUGAAGCCUUCUGAGGAUGUAUUACAGGAAUUCGUGAUGGAAAUCCAGAUAAUUACUUCCUUGCAUCACAAGAAUAUAAUCUCCCUCUUUGGGUUCUGUUUUGAGGACAGUAAUCUUCUGCUGGUCUAUGACCUGCUAUCCAGAGGCAGCCUUGAAGAAAACCUUCAUGGUAGUAAAAAAGAUCCUGUUGCAUUUGGUUGGUCUGAGAGGUUCAAGGUGGCUUUGGGUGUAGCUGAGGCGCUUUAUUAUCUUCAUAAUCACAACACUCAACCAAUAAUUCACAGAGAUGUGAAAUCAUCAAAUAUAUUAUUGUCCGAGGAUUUUGAGCCACAGCUCUCUGAUUUUGGAUUUGCUAAACUGGCAUCAACUUCUUCACAUAUUACAUGUACAGAUGUGGCUGGAACAUUUGGUUACUUGGCCCCUGAAUACUUCAUGUAUGGAAAGGUGACGGACAAAAUUGAUGUUUAUGCAUUUGGGGUUGUGCUUCUUGAGCUUCUCUCAGGAAGAUUACCCAUAAACAACCAACUACCGAAAGGCGAGGAGAGCCUAGUUAUGUGGGCUAAGCCAAUUCUAAAUGGAGGUAAAGUUUCCAAGUUGCUAGACCCUUCCAUGGGCAGUAAUUAUAACCGAGACCAGAUUGAGAGCAUGGUUUUGGCUGCCACACUUUGCAUCAGACGAGCACCUCGAGCUCGGCCACACAUGAGCCUUAUAUUGAAGCUCCUGCAAGGAAACCCUGAUACGGUAAAAUGGGCGAGGUUACAAGUCAAUGCUUUAGAGAACAUUGACAGGCUGGAUGAGGAUGGUCUUCCACGUAUCGAUCUCCAGUCUCACCUUAGUCUAGCAUUGCUCGAUGUCGAGGAUGAUUCUCUGUCCAUGAGCAGCAUCGAGCAACAUGUUUCACUAGAAGAGUACCUCCGAGGCAGGUGGAGCCACUCAUCAAGCUUUGAUUGAAAACAUAAUUUUUCUUUUUCCUGUAAAUGUUUGCUUUCUCGGUUCCACAAUUGAUUCUCCCAGUUCUUGGCUUAAUUUGCUUGUUCAUCAAGUAUAUGCUGAACUAGUCGGGUUUACGUUCAUCUAUUGAGUGUAAGAAUGGGUGCAUUCUUUGGUGGAGUUUUUUUUUGUAUGUUUUCUGUCAAGGGUAAGAUAGACAGUGUAAAUGAAGCUGUAAGGUUGAGACUUUAGGUUUUUUUAUUUUUUUUAUUUUUAAGAUAAGGAGAAUUCCGUUACAAAGAGGGGAGGAGAAUUGAGGAUCCUUCUUGUAAGGGGUGAGAAUGAAAAGGUCGGAUAGUGCUGUUAUAUCUGGCCGAAUCUUGUAUAUACAUACUAUUGUAAUACAAUAUAGUAUAUCACUACUACAAAUCUAUAAUAAAGUAAAAUAAAUGGUUGAGAAUUUGAGAUUGAUA